AAAAAUAACAGACGGUGACGAAGCCUCUUCUCCAAUUGCUUCACCUGUACGUACGUACGUGAACGGCCAUCUCUCUCUCUCUCUCUCUCCCUCGGUCUUUUUCCUCUUCAUCGUUACUCUUCUUCGGAUCGUGGAUUUGAUUUUUCUCCGAAACCAAAACGAAAUCUUUCGGACAAACAAUGGCGGCAGAAGAUAACCACGAUGUCCACAGGAGCGACGACCAUGACGAAUCGAGUCGGCUUUUGGAGGGAACUGACGUCAAGGUCAAGGCGGUGGAGUCUCCUUCGUCGGAGGGAUACAGUUGGACGGUGGAUGGUCUGCCGCUGAGCCAUGGAAGCGUGAUGGGCGAGCCCGUCGGGAGAAACCAGUGGGAUUCGGGUCUCCUCUCUUGUCUAGGUCGCAAUGACGAGUUCUGCAGCAGCGAUCUCGAAGUUUGUCUUCUUGGAAGCGUGGCUCCAUGUGUGUUAUAUGGAAGUAAUGUGGAGAGACUGGGAUCUGUUCCAGGGUCCUUCACCACUCACUGCUUGCCCUACUUGGGGUUAUACCUUAUGGGCAAUUCUUUCUUUGGUUGCAACUGCCUUGCUCCAUGCUUCUCUUAUCCAAUCCGUUCUGCAAUUCGCCGCAAGUUUAACCUCGAGGGAAGCUUUGAGGCGAUGAACAGGUCAUGCGGGAUCAGCUGCAUAGAGGACGGAACAAAACGGGAACACUGCGAGACAACCUGCGACUUUAUGACACACGUGAUGUGCCACACGUGUGCCCUUUGCCAGGAAGGUCGGGAACUUCGCCGGAGAUUGACUCACCCUGCUUUCAAUUCCCAGCCAGUGGUAGUUGUGGUCCCUCCUUCCCAGCAAACUAUGGGCCGUCGUCAUUGACGACUAUCUACUACUGAGUUUUGGUAGCUGCAAACUCACUGAGUUGCUUUUCGUAAUACAUCGUGUCUCCUCUAUUUGAAUUGAAACCCUUGGAGUGUAUGAAUACAAUAUUUUCAAACCGAAAUUGAAUAAAACAAAACAAAUGAAAAUUU